CUGGACAUGUAGACUCCUGCAACACAAAACACAAUCAUUGAGGAUUUUUGUUUAUUUUGUUAACAGUAGAACGAUAUUUGUAGUUAUGAUGGACAGUAGAUGAUGUGCUAUGAAUUUGGGAAAAACUUUCAAUGGACUUGUCCAGUAGCGUGGACGUCCGGAUAGCGAGCGUGUAUCUGUCCGCUGACUUCAUAAGGUCAGCACCCUGCGGACUGCUUGCCACUGCUGGUCACUAAAUCUAAUCUGCUCAACAUUUAAUCUGCUCCAACAGAUUGAAAUGCACAGAGACUUUUAUUUUGGAAAAUAAACUAAGACAAAACAGUGAAGGGAGUUUGAGAAGUCAGUCCACCAAUCGCCAAUUCACUCUGAUCUGGGGUCAAACUAAUAUACUGUGGCCACAAGUUACCAUAGUCAGGCCACAAGUUAAUAUAUCGAGGGCACAAAUUAAUUUAUUUAGGCCAUAAUGUCUGGAGGCCUCAAAUUACUACUUACUUAAAAAAAUUACUACAUCGAAACCAUAAUUUACUAUAUAGAGGCUACAAAUUACUAUAGUGAGGCCACAAUUUACUAUAAAGAGGCAUCAAUUUACUACAUUGAGUGCAUAAUUUUCUAUAUUGAGGCCACAAAUUACUAUAGUCAGGCCACAAAUGUAUAUAUUAAAUCCAUAAUUCACUAUAUUGAAGCUGCCAUUUACUAAAUUGGGGUGACAAAUUUCUAUAUUUAUUCCAGGAAUAUAUUAAUUUGUGGCAUCAGUAUAGUAAUUCGUGCCCUCACUAUUAUAAUUCUCUAUAUUUAGGCUACAAAUGACUAUAUUGAGGCCACAGAUUACUACUUUGAGGUCAUAAAUUGCUAUAUUGAUUCCAGGAAUAUACUAAUUUGUGGCCUCACUAUUAUAAUUCGUGGUCACGCCUUAUUAAGAAGUAGCCACCGUGUCAUCUUAGCGCCUCGGGGUCUCCAGUGAACCCCGAGCCAGUUUACUAGGUGCUAAAAAGUGUCUGAGCUGUUCGGGCGGACGUCACAGGCCGAGCGUGCGCCCUUCGAAGUGCCCUAGGUAGGGUUCAUGUCCGCAGAUUGGAGCGCCGCCAGAAAGCCGGGACGUGCUAAUCACAUGGUCGGAUGCGACUUCCUCCAUCUUGGAGCCUGCGGACGGAUCCACGGCCAAGAGAGGAGAGGACGACAUAAAUAACGACUGUCUGGCCGAGCGGCGAUCCAGGAGCGCGCCCUUUAGACGAGCUGGUCCGCGGCGUCGCCGGUUCUCCUGCGCGGUCGGAGCCAUGGUGCAGUCCUGCUCCGCGUACGGCUGCAAAAACAGAUACCACAAAGAUAAGGACGUCUCAUUUCACAAGUUCCCUCUCGCGAGACCCGACCUCUGCGGGAAAUGGAUGGCCGCCAUGAAGAGGAGCAACUUUAAGCCCACGAAAUACAGCAACAUCUGCUCUCAGCACUUCACCAAAGACUGCUUCAAGCGCGAGUGCAACAACCGGGUGCUGAAGGAGAACGCAGUGCCUUCUCUUUUUACCUUCACUAAACUGCAAAUGAAGGCAGAUUCACUGGAGGAAACGUUCAUUCCUGAGAUUGACUUCCCUCUGACUCUGUCCAACACGGACAGAGAGCAGCAGGAACCUCCAGACCCUGAUCUUUCUGCUUCAGUUCCAGCCCAUGUUCCAGUUCCUCUUCCAGCCCCAUCCUCAUCCCCAGCUCCAGCUGCUGCCGUAGACGACGAGAGCCCAGACUUCAAGCUCAGCGCCUUUGUCUCCUGCGACCACAACUACACAGUGGAGGUCACGGUCCAGCAGAAGAAGCGCAUCGACCAGCUUGAGGAGCAGCUGGAGAAACUGCGCAAGAAGCUGAAGACGGUGCGGCAGAAGUGCCGGCGGCAGGAGCGGCAGCUGGAACGUUUCAAAGCCACGAGGAAGCUCCGUAAAACCGGCAAGGGCCUGACGCUGGGAGAGAGCUACGUCAUUCUGCCCAAAGAACUCUUCAGCAUCAAACGGAUUGUGAGGGAGGAGGUGUCUCUGUGAAAAGGCCACACAAAGAUACUCUGUUCAAGAGGUCUUGCUACCUUUUAUGUUUGAGAUUUGAGGGUUUUUUGUUUUGUUUUUUUGUAGUUUGGUUUCGUCUCCCCUUGAUAGCUAAAAGUAUGGGGGUAACUUUGAUGUUUAGUUACAAGAACACAUGUCCAACCUGGUGGGGGAGGAUUUAAGCCAGGAUUAAGAAAUUUGCUGCUUUAAUUAUCCUGUCAAAUAUGUCACUGUCCUAUCAAAACAAGUUCUAACUUUUUCUUUUUUAAGCAUCAUUUGCCCUUUGCCUAAAUGGUCCACAACGGUUGUGAUGUAAACAAAGUCAUUCAGGCUACGUUCACAAGCCUCGUUGCUCAGAUCCGAUCUCUCUGACUCAGAUCGGUCAUCAAUGUGAUGAACCGGCCUGAACUGACCCUCAUG